GGCAUGUUUCCACACGGUCACAAUUCGUCGAGUACCAGUCGGUUCCUGUAUGAAGACAGUCUUGUUCAGGGUUUUCUGGCAAGUUUCAGGGUUUUCUGCUGGAAAGUGCUGAGCUGGAGUUAUCAUCUAAACACCAGCAGGUGAUGUCUGCAGUAAACACCAGUGGGGCUUGUUUUAAAGAGCAGGUGUGAUUGACUUAGAGAGACUGACCCGGCACCAUGGUGACUGUGCUGUGGUAAGGGAGGAUCUCACCUGCUACAAAUAUGUUUCAAAGACAGAAACCAGCCAAUUGACUGAAGACACAGCGUCUACCCUGGCACUGUCUAAAAUGCUUUCAUGCUUCAUAGUACAGACUGUACAUUUUGCUGCUACCCUCCGUGCUCCUCCUCUCAGACUGAGACACUGCAGGCGAUGGCAGGGCUUUGUAAUGAGUCAGCUGGGCAGCAAUGCCAGGAGAUCAUGCCUUCACACAGGGGUGCAGUCCUGGGGGCGACAGAUAGCCCCUGUGUUCACCAGAGCAGCAGGUUUUGGAGACAAGCUUGCGAUCGUGGAUAGUAAUGGGAGGCAUAGCUACCAGGACCUGUACAGGAGCAGCUUAGGUCUGGCUAGGCAGAUUCUGAAGGUGCUGAACUGUGGGAGCGGAGAUCUCCAAGGAGAACGCAUUUCAUUUUUGUGCCCGAACGAUGCCUCCUAUGUGGUGGCGCAGUGGGCGUCUUGGAUGUGUGGGGGGAUCGCGGUGCCCCUCUAUAGGAAGCACCCUGCCUCCGAACUGGAGUAUGUCAUCCAGGAUUCUCAGAGUGCCCUGGUUAUCGAAAGCAGUGCCUGCUCCGGUACACUUGGGCCCCUGGCUGAUAAACUAGGGGUCCCCUGCCUGCAGCUCCCUUCCACCCUGGGCAGUUUAAGAGCAGAGCAGGGGGACAGGGAGCCGAGUCCAACCAUCACAGAGUGGAAAGGGCGACCAGCCAUGAUUGUCUACACCAGUGGGACCACAGGGAGACCUAAAGGGGUGCUGACCACUCACAGCAACAUCCAGGCUAUGAUCCAGUGCCUGGUGUUGGAGUGGGCCUGGACUCGCAAGGAUGUCAUUCUCCACACACUACCCCUACACCAUGUCCACGGAAUUGUCAACAAGUUGCUCUGCCCGCUCUGGGUGGGCGCCACCUGCCUCAUGCUGCCCGACUUCCAACCAGACAAGGUGUGGGAUCAGUUACUGGCCUCUGGCUCCUCCGCAGCUCCUCGUGCCAACGUCUUCAUGGCAGUGCCCACAAUGUACUCCAAGUUGAUCCAGCACUACGAGUGUCACUUCACUCAGCCCCAUGUACAAGACUUUGUGAGGGCCAUCUGCCAAGAGAGAGUCAGGCUCAUGGUGUCUGGUUCCUCCGCCCUGCCCCAGCCCGUCCUGGAGAAGUGGGCAGAGAUCACGGGUCACACCCUGCUGGAGAGAUAUGGCAUGACGGAGAUCGGUAUGGCACUGUCCAACCCACUUAGGGGACCCCGAGUACCAGGGUCGGUGGGCAUCCCUUUGCCCGGAGUUGAAGUGUGCAUCGCCAUGGAGAACCCAAAGAAAGACGGCACCUCCUAUACUGCCAUCGCUGAGGGAAACAGCAAGGAGACCCGGGUGAACCCUGGCCUGGAGGAGAAAGAGGGGGAGCUUCUGGUGAGGGGGCCCUCUGUCUUCCAGGAGUAUUGGAACAGACCGCAGGAAACCAGAGACGCCUUCACUGAAGAUGGCUGGUUUAAAACAGGGGACACUGCAGUCUACAAGAAUGGUGUUUACUGGAUCAUGGGGCGCACCUCUGUGGACAUCAUAAAGAGUGGGGGCUACAAGAUCAGCGCACUGGAGGUGGAGAGAUACCUAUUGACGCACCCUUAUAUUAAAGAUGUGGCAGUGAUUGGCGCCCCUGACGCGACCUGGGGUCAGCGAGUGACAGCCGUGGUGGAGCUGAGGCAGGGGCGGAGUCUGUCACUACAGGAGCUGAAGACCUGGGCCCGGGAGCACAUGACGUCCUACACCAUUCCCACAGGGCUCAUCCUUGUGGAGGGGAUGCCAAGGAACCAAAUGGGCAAAGUCAACAAGAAGGAACUGCUCAAACGCUUCUACCCUGGCUAGUGCCAGCGCAUCUGUUGCUGAGGUCACUUCCUGCAGGGAUCCUGACAUUCAGAAUUAGCAGUCGCCAAGUGUGGGAAAGGAGACCAACAGCUCCAUCUAGUGGUGACUGCUGUUCAGAGGGUCAAUGACUGCUUAUUAAACCAACGUGAGAAGGUGUCGUAAUCAUCCCACCAUGUUGAACCGAAAAGAAAAUUAAAAUGCCCAUAAUAGUGUUGCAGUUAUUCCAUGUACCAUUGGCAGGGUAAAAAGCUCACACUUAGCCAUGCAGCUGAAUUGACCAAGUGCCAAAUAUUUGAGCAUUCAGGCCUCUGCUGAUUGUACUAAAUACAGUAUGAUUAAGUCUCACCUGUAGGUUCGUGCAGCUGUAGGGGUGGAACUGUUGUUUGAAAGCCUGAUGGCACCAACUCCUGAGUAGGCCUAAUUCUGAUUUGCGGGACUUUUUGGAUCCACGGUGUGAGUUUCGGGGGGGGAAAAAAGAAAAGCAAAGAAACGUCAAAGCUCAUGAUGAAAGACCUGUUUUUAAAUGAUCUGGCAUUUAAUAGAACAAUCUAAUAAACUCCCUGAUGAUCUGACAUUUAAUAAAAACAAUCUAAUAAACUCCCUGAGGGUGGUAGGAAUGUAUUGUUUUACAAGGUUUUCUUAAGUGACACAAUGCUGAUUGUGGAUAUGACGGAAUGAAAUGUAUCUGUUGCCCCCCAGGGCUACCUGUUAGACAGAUCUAACGAAAACAUUUAUAAUAGUGUAUUUAAAAUGUGGGGGGUCUGAAAAUGAAUGUGCAUACAGUAGUGCUUGGAACCAGCUUUUAAUUUGUGCUUUGCAAAAACAUUCGGUUGCCCUCUGUCUACAGUCAAAAAGAGGUGAGCAUAAUUACGAGGUUUAAGUGGGAUGUGAUAAUAAAACGAGGGUGCGCAUCAUUAUUUCAGAUGUUUUAGACUAUGUAGGCUCUUUUACAGAAUGAACCCAGUUCAAAUGUUUUAAACACUCUUGGGAUCCCGUGUGCUGGAAUGUACGCCAUAGCUGACCCCUUGUUUUGUGAAGUGUAAUUACACGGCUGUGCGGGAGGGAUCUUGUUGAAGAAAACAGCUAAUUUCCAGCGCCAGGGCUGCAGGUGAAUAUUAAUAAGCUGCAGGAAGCUCUUUGUUUCAAUUAUCUCCGCACACAGCCCAGCGAGGGCAAGGGAAGGGACACUGCUUCUGCACCACUAAUGCAGUGUUUACUUUCUGUUAUAAGGCACCUAUGUUCAAGCUGGAAUUAACCGGCUGUGAGAGGUGGGGUGUGUGUCUGUUAACACCAGAAAUGAAAUGUGUUUAUAUUUAGCUUUGUCUCCUUACAGAUCAGGAAGUUGGUUGAUACAUAAGCAACACGUUUGUGUUUGUCCUUCUUAAACGCAAUUGUUUUUGUCCUCAUGCAGUCAGUUCUGAGAUUAUUUUAAGAGUGUACAAUGGGCAGGAGAAAUCCUAGCAUUAAUUGCUUAGGGGAAACAUUUGUGGAAACAAAACACAAUUUGCUGCUGAGAAUCUUCCAGUAAAUGAUGUUUUUUUUUUUUUGUUUUUUUUUUAAAUAAAGAUCACAAUGUAUUUUGCUUUUUCAACUCAUAAACUCUUCCAUAGAUUUUUACUUCUGAUCAUACACCACCUCUCAGUGUUUGAAAUUGUAACUUGAGGUUAUCCAAAGCAUUCAGGAUUUGUAAACUUCAGUUCAAGACUCCCCACUGUUUGUCUCAGAGCAAUGUUUGCACUGCUGAUGGAGUGUUUACUUUCCCUUGCCUUUAUUGAAUCUGGAGUACAGCACAAAAGCUUUCGGUGUGUGUCUGUUAAGAGUUUUGUAAGUACUGUAUCUCCCUACCGUUCUGGAAGUUUGAUGUUUGAUUGGCCUUCUCAAGGCUUGUCUGAAUUUGUGAACCAUGUGCCCCAAUGCAGUCAGAUUAAGGGAUUAGUGUAAGAGUUUACAACAUUUAAAAGAAAUGCUGAGAAUUUGGAGUUCAAGUUCAUGGCAGGUGUUGCAAGUAGCUUGAGAAUUCCAGGGCAGGAUAAAAGCUAGACUAGUUAGUGGAAGUGUUUAAUCAAAACGACAAUUGAUGCUGAAAACAUGCCCAAUAAAGGUUUUUUUUUGAUGAUCCCAGUGUCAGGUUGUAGCAAUGAAAAAUGUCUGUGGAAGAAUUCCAAUAACCUGAUUUUUAAAAAUAAUAAUAAUUAUGUACAGUAUAUAGCUUACAAUUAUAUACUUUAUAUGAGUGGGAAACCAGGGUGAGGUUGCCACAUGCAGGACCGUCUUCACGUGUCUUCUAGUGUAAAUAGCAGCACUUCACAGGCACAGGCAGGGUUUUAAACAGGGCAAGCCUGUGUUUAUUUUAAACACAAAACUAAACCCCACAAAGCGUAACCCCUUCCAGGAGCGCUAAACUAAACCUUUCAGUUCUAACAAUGACCAGACAGCUAAACGCCUACUUAUUGAGGUAUUGCAAUACCUUUCAGGUUUCCUUCAGGUCUUAGCCUUAAUGCACACCCAAAUCAAACAUUUUGCCAGAUUUUUUUGCGGCAAGUUAAUUUCGCUAAUGGUCUUCAAGGUCAAUUUUUGCAAAACAGCCACAAAACCCGCAUUUUCAGAUGUUUUUGGCAGGGACAGGAAUUCACCCCAUCCCUGCCAACCACCACCAAAAUUCAUUA